AUGAUACACCAACCAGUCAUAACCACAAAUGUGCAAACAGUAGACGGAUUGUUUCUUCCAACGUUAAAUGUUAUAUCGGAUACAUACAACUUUACUCUAAGUUGUCAAUUUUUGCAAUUUAUUAACGAUAAUUUCGCUACCUCUCCGGAGGAUGAGUGCAACAAGUACAUUAAAAUUUCGACUGAUAUUGCGGAUGGAAGUUACAACGCAUACUUUAAUCCCACGCUUGAUUUAAAAACAGUACCCAGUUUGGACGCUACGGAAGGAAUAAUGGCCGCAACGUUUCGAAUAACUACAACUGAUUCAAAUUUCGACAGUAACGAUUUUAUUUAUCUUAUGUCAAAAACAUCGACAAAGAUAGACAACGGAAUUAUUAACACUGAUGAAAUCAACGAAAUUGAUCCAAAUCUUAUCACAUCCACAUUUGAGAUUUUUUAUCACCAACAAACUUGGAUAAACUAUUCUCGAAAUGUGAAAAAGUUAAUUAAACCUUCUGCACUUGCCGAUUUUGACAUUUAUCCGAAAACUAUUUCUAUACCAUAUCUAACUACAAGGUUGAGGGGUAUUGGUUCUCUGGAACACAAUGACAACAUGGUAAAUUCUAGUUAUUUUAGAGCAUUUAUAAUUCAAGCUGAAAACCAUUCUGUUAGGAUAGAAAUCGAACAAAGGUAA